AGAGACGGUCAGUGUUCCCGUGCUGGCCAAUGGUAACAUACAGUACCAGGAGGACGUGGAGCGCUGCCUGGCCACUACUGGUGUUGACGGUGUUAUGAGUGCAGAGGGGAACCUUCACAACCCGGCCAUCUUCAAAGGCACUCAUCCACCUGUCUGGGAAAUGGCCCUUGAGUACCUCCAGUUGGCCAUACGCUACCCCUGCCCAACAAGCUACGCCAGGGGACAUGUCUUCAAGCUCCUUCAUCACUGUUUGUGCAUGAGUGAGAACUUUGACCUGCGGUACCGACUGUCCAAGACAUCGUCGGCGGAGGAGAUGGUGGUAGUGGUACAAAACCUCAAAGACCGGAUGAUGCCCUAUUACACCGGUGAAAAACCCUGGAACCCGGAGCCGGAUGGUGAACAAGCGCGUCUACCAAUGGCCCCCUGGUUGUGUCAGCCCUAUGUUCGUAUUCCCCCUGAGGAACACCUGAAAAAGAUUCAUGAGAGUCAGCGCCGCGCCCAGGAAAAACAACAAAUGCAGCAAGAGGAAGAACUGGCCAACACUGAAGACAGUGAGAGCAACGGUGGAGGUGAGCCGAGCAAGAGGCCGAUAACAGAGGAGUCAGAAGAGACGGAUCUGUCAAAGAAGAAAAAGAAAAAGAUGGCGAGGAACCCGAGAAAGUCCUUUGAUCCUCCCAACGACCCUUAUGAGAAAUGUGGCUGUAGGAACCCUAAGGGCGGGCGUUGUGUUCACGGGCUGUGUCGCGCCUGCUGUAGGGUCAAAUGUUACAACGAGGGGCUCGACUGUCCCGGCCACCGUAUUCUCGUGAAGACCAAGCGAGAGAAAGCAGCCAUAUACUACGCUCAACAGGAGAAGCUGAAGCAGGAGGAACAGCAAGGGAAGGAAGGGGAAGAAGGGCAGGUGAAAGAGCAGUCAGAGGUGGAUAAGGUGCAGCCUGAACUUGAAGUGUCCAAAGAAGAAGUAACUCCAGUGCAAGCUGCCACUUACCCCCAAACUCUGAAACACUCGGUUAAAACUAACGGAGAGGAAGAUGAAAAGAAUAAAGCAAACGAUGAUGAAGGAAACAUUAUUGAAGAAAAUAGCAAUGGGUGUUCCUCCUUGUGUGAUGAGAUGACCAAAGGUAUUCAGGAAAAGCUCCAGCGUUACAACUUUCCUCAGGACAACACUUCUCAAGAAAACUGGAAACAUAAAGCGAAUUCCGCAACUUGACAUUAUUUUUUUCCACAUUGCUUCUCUGUGUACAUGUAUAUUUUUCAAGGAAUAAAAAUGGUUUAAUAUC